AUGGUAGUGGCAGCAUCUGCUCUGCCUUCCGGGGUUCUGCUUCAUCUGUCCUUGUCCUCCUCGUCUUCGGCGGGCAUCAGGGCCGUGGUCCGGAUGCGCCAGCCGCAAGGACAAGGACAGGGGCAGCGGCAACAGCGCAGACGAGGGGAUUCAGCGACCAAUUUGGCGUGGGUUGUACGGCAGGACAAAGAAUUUAUCGCAAAAAUGCUGGAACCGGCCGCGGCACCACUCAGCCGGCUUCGACAUCAAGUCUCCAAGGUGCUGGAGAACUUCUUUUGGUUCCGCUUCCUCGAGGAGGAGGGUGUAGCGCAAUGGACUCCACCUUCGUGGCCCACUCCUUCUUACCCAGGUCUCGUCGCUGCUUCUGGGCCAUUACUUAAAGGAACUGUGCCAUCCUUCUGUCAUUGAAAGGAACUGCGUGCAUAGCUGCUGCUUCUGUGUUAGAGACCCUCGUCGCCACUGAAGCCGUCUCCCACACAACUCUUAGAGGGAAUCGCCGUCGUCCUAGAAGAAGUUUCGGCGACCUGCUGGGCACGAACAGAACAAAGAAAAAGAGCAUUCGUGCUCUGGAAGAAAAAGUUAAUGACAUUAUAAGACAUAUCAUUGUAGGCAGGGAUUUGAGUAAUGUAGUUCAGUUAUGUCCGACUCGCUAGAGGUCUCACCUUUCGGUUAGCACCAUAAACGACAUCUCCAACUGUUUCUACGGCCAGGAACAUCUGUACGAUCUAUCCCCCUUUCCUUCAGACGAGGGGGUGCAUAAGCUUAUCGAGCCUGUGGACACCUUUCUAUCUCGCAUGUGUUCACAGGUAGAGGUAGCUGGAAUCUUACGUGACAUGCGUUUACUUUUAUUAGAAUCUCAUUCUUUUAACCCCUGUAUUUGUGGGUUCUUGGCACGAUGUUCUAGUGAAUAAAGGUUGGUUUACCUCACCCAGAAGGCAGGAGGAAGCUGUGAAACAAUUCUCAGGAUGGUCACGAAUAAUCUUUUAGAGGGAAGUAUUGCGGUGUGACCGAUGUGGGAUAACGCCAGUAGGCAUAAGAGUCAACGAAGUGAUUGUAUGCAUGGGGGUUGCCAACCACAGGUGAGCUGAAUAUCAGGAUUGCUCCAAUACAGAGGCCAUCGCAAUGAAUGUCCCGCAGACCCCAGAGGGAGAACCCUGUGCCCCUGAUAUAUCCUUUUCUUUGAAAUUAAAAGGUAUGUGAAAAAUGUGAUUUAGUGUUACCUGUAACUGGGAGAACUCAAGGCAUAGAAGAGCAUUGUCAAUCAACUUCCAUGAAUGUACCCUUUUCCAUUGGAAGAAUGCUGACGCUGGCCUUCAAAGUCCUAUUAGUAAUAUUGCCACCUUCUUAUCAAAUAGCCCAGCUUUUUAUAUGAACUCUUAACAGCUCUCAUUUCCCUUGGGGGGAAAAGUUGUUUCCCAUAUUAUUGAAGAGUAUUCCCUCCUCAAAUAUGCUCAAUUUCUAUUUGACCUGAGCAUAGUCAAGCCAUUGGCUGACAUAUCUAUGAAAGGUACCAUUUUUGGAACCGGUAAUUAAUUGUUUCACGUUACAUCUUGUUCAAAGAUGGAAAAGCGUUGCAGUACAGCAUGUGUAGAGAAGGGUGACGCGGAUAACUGACCUGGGUUUGCUAGAUCUCUCCCUGAUGAAUUAUCAUCCAGUGAAAAUGAUUUGAAAUUGGAAUUUGAAUAAGCAUAUUUUAACCGUGUGUAUACAUGAACUGUCAUUGGAAUUAAAAGAUGGUGUAUGUGACAUUCUUCUGGCAGAUCUUUCAUAGAUUGUGUGAGCAAGGCUCACUGAUCACUUGUCCACUGGACAGUAGUAGAGGUCAGCUUAUGUGGUAGUUCUAACCAACACGCUUAAACAAUGGAUGAUUGCCAAAAAAAAGUAACUCGUAUGUGCUGCAAAAUAAAUGUAGCUUUUCAUAAUAGUUAUGUUGGAUGCCCUGAAGUGUUGGACAAUCUGCGGCACACUUCUUUUAUUGGCACAUAUUUUGUCUACCUGUGGAAAAUUUGGACAAGAUAUUUUUGUACAUAAACUGAUCAAAUAGUGAGAAAUGGAUGCAAAGUCAAUGUUGGCGCGUGCUCAUUCAGGGGAUUCAUAGUAUUGUAGUGACCAUCAAUGGGGUUGAUCAAUAAAUAAAAAAACCGUGAUGUCUAUGGUAUCAUUGUGAACACCCUUCAGCUAAAAGGUCAUCUUAUGUCCAAAAGCAGUAUGUGUUGAAGAUGCUCAAACAGGCAUGCUAAUAUGGGGAUACUAUUUUUCAUGGUCACUUACGUGGCAAGCAUCAUCUAUGUGCAGGUAGGCUAUGAAAGCUUUGGUGUUCUGCACUCUCAAUGACAGAUCAUGUUUAGUAGCACAACAUGUUGCAUCCUUGUGAUCAGAUUUGUUGACUGGGUGAAGACAUUUAUCACUGUGGUCAAUGCCAUGAUAUAUUUAACUAUUGGUUGUGGAUAUUUGAUGGGGCAAAAGAGAAAGGCCUGUGUCUCUGGAAAAUAUGCGUGUUCACUAGUCACAGGUUUCCAAUUACCCUCAUAGCACGACCCUUAUUUAUGUGAUGGAGAUGGCAAAUCAAAGAAUACUUGUUACAUUCUUCGCUUUUACCUCUCUACUAUAAUGUUUACGAAGUGAAUGUUGGAACUAAUAUGCCUGGAAGCUGAUGUCUCUGCAUAAAUGAGGAAGUCAAUAUAGUAUGACCAGAAUAUUAGGGACAGAACUAUUGGGUCAGGUGAUUAUUUAUCUGGUUUCAUUCCAUGAAAGUUCACUUUUGCACCCUUGGAAGGGAUCAGACUUGCGUUUGAAGAUCAUACUUGGGUUAUCCUUGCAAAGCAAGGCGUUAUUCUAUUUUACCAUCCUCAAGUCAAAUAAAUGAGCUUUCAGAGCCAUAUAAUCCAGAGAACAUAGUAGCAUAUGUAAAAUGCUUUGAGAUUCUUUUUGGUUUAUCUGAGGUCCAUUUCGGAGAAUGGUUGCUUUCAUCUCUUACUGUAUCAAAUUUCCUUUCUUGUUGUUAAUAUUUUAAAGAUCUGAAACCUUUUGUUCAACAACCUUGCAUCAGCUUGUAGAAUCACCGUACUUUAUUUAAAUUAAUAGCAAUAUUUGUUAAUCAUCUUUUAGUAAAAAUAGAAUAAAACUGUAACUUGAAAAAAUCACCUUCAAAGAAAAGUACGACAACCGUAGGAGGGACUCUCCUUUGAUUUGUGAUACAUUCCUUUGUCAAAUUUAUAAUUCUCUAUGUACGUCAGAAGUGAUUAUUCUGUUACCGUUAUUCCUACUUUCUUAAUUAUUUAUGAAAAAAUUCUUUCUGGCAGGUCUCUCUGGUAUGGAUCUGGUAUUGGCUGAUAUUGAGGCUCUGAUGUUGUACGCGAAUUAUCCUCGGUAUAUCUCUAAAGCUCUUUCAGUUUCUCUGCCUGAAACUUACGAUCCACAGACCGUAGAGCAUUAUUUCAGGUUUCGACCUCACAUCCUCGCAGUGCGUAUCUUUGAGGUAGGUACAAGGUAUCUUUUUCAUUAUGUCCAUGAUGAAUUCAAUUGAGUAUUGCUGCGAGUCAUCUUGUAAUUUUUUCUCUGGUUCUGAUUAUUAAACCUCCCGCAAACAUGACAACGGUGUUGAUGUGCGACCAUGGUUUAAUAAUUACUUUUCACUGUAGCACUUUGGUUAGAAUGUAGAGGUGCCAGAUGCUUCUAGAAUUGUGCCAUAUGGAUCAGGUAACCAAUACGUCGUAAUUACAAUGCCAUCUAGAACUGGAAUCAACUGUUGGCCAUUUUGUCAGGUGUAAGUAUCACAUUGCUGGUCUGAACCAGUAUAAACAAAUGGUCGUAUGUUUUUUAUAUUCGGUUUACAUUCAUUUUUUUCUUAAAUCCUUUGGCGCUUAUGGUUUAAUGCUCAAAUGAAGGGUACAGUAUGGGGAAAAGCGAUAGCUGGGAUAUUGUUUAAAAUAUCUUUGCCACACAUUUAAAUGAUUUUUGCCUGUGACAUGAUGUAGAAUCAUUGUCCUAAUUCAUUGUUCUAAAGUAUAUAUCAUCUUUUAUUCCUUUUAUAACACCGAAGAGGUGCUGAUGGGUUUUUUCCCCUUGUUCUAGAUUCGGCAACUUGUGUUUCUGUUUCAUUUAUCCUUUUUGCCAUUUUAUGGCAGCAGAGAGCAUUUCAUUGAUGAAUUUUGCACUACAUUUUAUUUUUUUGAAGAACAGGUUUUCAAUUUGAUCCAGUUGGUUGACCUUCUCCCAAGUUAUUCUUUUGCUUGGUUUGCAGUUCAAUUGUUGCUAAUCAUAAUCUUUGUCUUAACAUCUCAAUCUCCAGCCCCACUCUUUCUACGCUAGUUAAUAAAAGCUAUUCAUUUACCAAGAAUCUCUAGUUUCUAGCUGUUAUCUUCGUGUGAUAUUGAAAGUGCCUAGACCGUUACAAUAUAAUCUACAUGUAGGUAUUCUGUUCAUUUGCAUCCGCUGCAAUACGAUCGCGAGCUUCAAGAAAUACUGUCAAUCGCCAUCAUGGAGAGGAGGGUGAUGAUGUAGACGCAUCCCAGUACUUCAUGGGACAGCUUCUGAAAGAGUCCAUGCUGAACCUUGGUCCCACAUUUAUCAAAGGUUAAAAGAUUUGAUCUUGAAUUAUCAGGGAAAGAAUUCGUGAAAUGUGCUUUCGUUUUAUUUACUUCUCUUAAAGGUAUUUAAGUUUGUCCUUUGUUUAUUUGGACUAGUGUGACACUGUUAAAGGUAUUUGUUUCUCUCUUUGCAGUUGGACAGUCGCUUUCAACGAGACCAGACAUAAUUGGUUCUGGAAUUGCCAAGGUGAGCCCAUCGUGGAGUUGUCGGAUCCCUCCCUUACCAUAUGUUUCCUGAAAUACUCUCUAAUUUCUCUCUCUUGUUUAUCGAUAUAUUAUAUAAUUUUUUUAGUAAUUUUUCUUUGAAAAUGUGGGCAUUUGUUCUUCUGUCUAGUUCUGAUGCAUUAAGCACGGGGAUAUCCAAACUAAAUAGUUUUUAAGGACCUCGCAUGUUCAAAAUAUAUCAAAUGUUCCAUCGUGUUUUCAUUUGAACACAGUUUUCUUCAUUGCUGGUUAAUAAUCCAACUAGUCAUCAUUAUGAAAAUGUAACACUUAAUCGUUCUGAUCUCUGGCAUUACUAUUGUACCUUUCUUCACAUUUUUCCUUGACUGCAGGCUCUGUCUGAGUUGUACGAUAGAGUCCCACCUUUCCCAAGACCCAUUGCAAUGAAAAUUAUUGAGGAUGAACUAGGAUGUUCUGUAGAACAUGCCUUCAGUUAUGUCUCUGAUGAAACAGUUGCUGCAGCCUCCUUUGGACAGGUGAGAGAAGGAUUCUUACCAGCUUUUAAUUUCUGUAACACGUUAUAGUACAUCCACUUCCUGGAUUAAUGAUUUUUGGUGUUAUUUCCUUUAAAUAAGUACAUAUUGUCAUAGCUGCAUCAAAAUAUUUUGAGGUGUUUUAUUUAGUUGCUUCCAUGUAUUUCAAAUUGAACUUCAGGUCUAUCGAGGUUGUACACAUGAUGGCUGCGCAGUGGCUAUAAAGGUUCAGCGCCCAGGCCUACUCCAUGCAGUUCAACUGGAUAUCUAUAUCCUUCGCCUUGGGGUAUGUAUCUAAUGAAAAGUGUGAAAUAUCUGCCUCAUGUCCUUUACAUCAUUAUGGAUGUUCUCACUUGUUUUAUAUGUGUAUACUGGGUUAAAUUUAGUGCAAAAUAAUCAGAUAUUGGAGAAGAUGCUGCAAAUCAUGUGGCGGUGUCAUGGUCUUCUACUUUAAUUCUUUAGUAUCUUCACCACCUUUCUCUACACUUCUUCCGUUAAUUCAAACUAAGAAACUGGAAAAUAAGUUUGAGAAAAAUUUCCACUUGCAUAUAGCCUCCGCUUCUUGAGGUUCUUUUAUUUGGAACUUUUAGCUAUUAAUCCUUCUGUUGGAUGCCAGGCUGGCUAUGACUAGUUACUCCAUGUAUUCCGAUAAUUUAACACCGAAAUGAUAACAAUAAAUUAGGAUAUUCUCGUUGAGGUGUUAGAAGUUGUAUGCUAGGCUCAGUGCUGAUGACAAUAUAACACGGAAUGAUGAAUGCAGGGAUUUAAGAUGAACAAAAAAAUUCACAGCGAAUUUUGUGUUGGGUGCUGAAUUGUAGCAGAUCGAAGAAGCUAUUUAAUGUCACUGUUGUUCUGUUAGCCGACAUAUCAGGCUAUACAUUCAUAGGUCUCUCAGAUUAUACAUGUUAAAUGAAAUGUUCUGAAUAGUUUGAGCUGUUCUCUACCUCAUGAUUUUCUGUUUUCACAGGCUGAUAAAACUCUUCUAUUGUUAAUUGUUAUCUUGUGCAAUGAGAGUAGUAUAGAAUCAAAAUAAUAUGUCAUGGAACAUACGGGCCUUCACACAUGUGCCUGAUUGUUAGACUGUGUUUAAGACUUCCGUUGAUGAAGUUCAGCUUGUCAGUCUGAGAAAUGCUCACUUAGGUUUUCAUAUGAGAUAAGUCAAUUCGGAUGUCUCUUUGAAAAUUUUAAGGUUAAAGUUUACUAUCUGAAAUUGCUUUUGAAAAUGCUAUAUCGGGUAAUGAAUGCCUAUCAACACAAUCCAAGUAUUAAGCAACAUAAGAAGGCAAUAUUACCAUUCGGUUAUAACAUGUUCUGGAAAUCUGAUUCCAGAGUAACUAAAGUAAAUCACUCAUCUGGGAAUUGUUGUUAUUACUAGUAAAAUUUCCACAAGUUUUAUUUUGUACUAUGAGAGGACGGCCCUAGUCUCUUUUGAUUUGCCAUUCUUGUCUUGGCCUGAUAUAUUAGUUGACAUUUCAGCUAGGCAUAAUUCGGAAAAUAGCAAGGAGAAAGAGUGAUCCUCGUUUAUACGCUGAUGAGCUUGGCAAAGGUUUUGUUGGCGAGCUUGAUUACAGAUUGGAGGCUUCAAAUGCCAUUGAGUUCAAAGUAAUUGUCAGCUUGAGUUCCGGUUUAGUAUGAGAUUCCAGUCACGUUUGUAUAAUAAUUAUAAUGAAGACAGUAAUGUCGCCUAGUUAGCAUCAUAAUCCAUUCUCUUGACGAUGCAUAUUAAUUUCCUGCAGGAAGCUCAUGCGAACUAUCCAUUUAUCUCUGUCCCAAAGGUUUUCAGACAUUUAACUGGAAAGAAAGUAUUGACAAUGGAAUGGUUAGCUGGUGAAAACCCAAGGGACUUGCUUACCUUAUCCAGGAGAUCAGCAAGGGAUAGUAGCAACUACAUGAAGCAAUCGGAUGCGAGAAAGCGUGUCCUAGAUUUGGUAUGUCAUGGUAAUGACACGUAUUGUGCUUGAUUGAACUUUUAUUUUUCAUGAUCGAUUUCUUUAAACGGUUGUUUAUCUCUGCAAACUUGUAAGAACUUGAUCAGAAUUUGACUAACCUUUUUUUUAACACAAGGUCAACAAAGGAGUGGAAGCAACAUUGGUUCAACUCCUUGAUACAGGCAUACUGCAUGCUGAUCUACAUCCAGGAAAUUUGCGUUAUACUUCAGAGGGAAACAUUGGGUAUGUGAUUGCGUAAUUUAUUUAAUGGAUAAAAAGUGAUCCUCCCAGGAUACAGCCUUGAGCCCUUGGAAAUAUGAGGGGAUCAAUGGGCUCUUGUCAUAAUCUCUAAAUACCGCAAAAGAAAUGAAAGAAAAAGAUGAGAUUAAUCUUGGGAGGGUGAACUUUUUACCUCCGUUUUUAAUUCUUGUCUGUUCAUCUACGAAACAGAGAGAGAAUGAGCGGUUUUUUUGUCUUUUCCUUGCUGAUGUCUGUAUGGUUUAUUAUUAAACUCCUAAUUGUGUUUCAGAGACUCAUGGCCUUUAGUUUUUUGUGUGUUUCAUUAGAUUUCUAGAUUUUGGUUUGCUUUCUCGGAUGCAGAAGAAGCACCAAGUCGCCAUGCUGGGUUCCAUAGUGCAUAUAGUCAAUGGAGACUGGGGUGCUCUCGUUCAGGAUCUUACUGAAAUGGAUGUUGUGCCACCAAGUACUAAUAUCCGUCGUGUUACCAUGGUAUGAGUUUUUCAACUGAUUUAACAUAAUUGUCAACUCAUUCGGACCUACAAUGGCAUAUGGAGAAGAAAUAAUCAAAGAUGACAAACUAAUUCUAUGAGCUUUAUAAUGUAAAAAACCAUGUGAAUUAUGAAAUGUUCCAGAAUAAACUUGUUCAUAAGUACAGUUACAAGAAAUUAAAAAAACAUCGUUAUGGGGUAAAUAAAUACCUUUUUUUGAAACCGUGAACUUGGUGCAUAUGUGCCUCGUGUAAUUCAUGAAAUCUAGGAUUUAUAAUGGCUGUGGUUUUCUUGUGAUCUGUGCACAUAACUCUUCACUUCAUCAUGACUCUAGUUGUACCCCACUGAAAUGAAUAUUGAACCCCUGUUGUUGGAACCAAAGAAUUUUAUUUUGAUGAUGACGAGGUACUGUAUAUAUGCUAUUUUCUGUUUGACCCUCGUAUGUGUACAUUGAUAGGUUGCAGAGUGUCACCACAUAUUUUUGGUUACUACUGUUUGUGCUUUUCAUCAUCCGAAGUUAGGAAUAUUGUCUCCUGAGUACACAAAAGCAUCUUUAUUUUUCCAAAUUUCAGUGAAAAUAUUUUUAUUUUUAUUUUAAUGAGUUAUCGACAGAAUCUACAUCCAGGAAAUAUUGUUUCUUUUUCAUUCAUUGUCCAAUUGAAAUAAUGUUGCAGGAUUUGGAAGAGGCAUUGGGUGGGGUUGCUCUCAAAGAGGGAAUCCCUGACGUAAAGUUUAGUAAGGUCAUGGUUGCUCAUCAUUUUUCCCAUAUUUUUCUGGGCAAAGACUGAUCCCUAAUGCUUCACGUGUCCCGUGUAAUAGUCUGAGGAUUAAAAAUUAUCUCGACUAGUUUGGUGAACAAAAUCCUGAGGUUUCAAGUCUGCCGGUUUCCUCCUGCAGAAAUCGCGGAAAUUUAGGCAGUUAUUUACUAGUCAGAUGAUUUUAGUUUAUCUUAAUUUAUUAAAUUCGUAUGCACCCUAAGGAAUGAAUUUUUAAAUUUCAUUAUGUGAUAUGCAGGGGCGAGAAUAAAUUUCAUUAUAUGAAGAGGAAAGUCUUGCAAUGCAGGCAACUGUUCAAGGUUUAAAAAACUUGCCCAUGAUAUAUAAUUUGAUUUACUGAAUAAUCUAAUGAGAUAAAACGUUCACAUUUGAUGCAAUAAAUCUCUGAAAGACCGAAAAUAUUAUGGGCGCGCUGUGCUAUUUAAGUUUCGAAGAAGAAACUACAGGUUGCUCAAAAUUGUCAUGACAGUGCCUGUGUCAAGGAUCUAUUCUUUACACAGAAAGUAGCACCAUGUUGCACACAAAGGGACGUAUGUAUCAUGCAUACAGUGGUGCACUCUGGGUCCUGCUUUAUCUGAUUAGAACAAAACCACAUGGGAUUUUUUCUUUCAAAAAAGACUAGGAAUAUGACAAUGAUUUAUGUACAAAUUACAGAACUGUAUAUUUUAUUUUCUAUUCAUAGUUGUGCAAAUAUUUCUUAAAUCAGUGACUGAGGGUAACCAUAUGGAAAUUUUCUAUUCGUAUCAUUACAGAAACAUAUUGAACCAUAGUGAUGUUAACCGUAUAGUAGAAGAGUUAAUUAUGAACAAUACUUAUAUUUAUCCCUAUUAGUCUUAAAUAAUUGAGUAGAGCAAAUCUAGGUUCCAAGCAUUAUUUCCAUGAUUUUAUUCUGAGCACUGACAAAUAAGGUUUUGUGAAUGUUCAUUUUGUUUUCCAAUCUGGCUGUGACUGGAAAUUGUAGAGUUGAUUAGUUUUCUUAAAUUGUCGGUUUUAGUUAUGGUUUCUAUCCUAGGUUCUAAAUUGAGGCAUGCCUCUUGAUACAAUGUUUUCAGGUUCUGGGUAAAAUCUGGUCAAUAGCAUUCCAGUAUCAUUUCAGUAUGCCACCGUAUUAUGUACUGGUCUUGCGCUCUCUUGCAUCCUUUGAAGGUUAGUUUGUCCCUAGCACUGUGGUAUCUGAUGGCUUUGUUCUUUGUAUAGCCAUCGAUUAUGAAAAGUACACAAUGGCUGUAAUAAACGAGUGGCUAAAGAAAAGGAUGGAAUUUCAAAUCAUAUGUCAAUUAGCUUCGCUUUUGAGAGAAAGAACUGAACGCUUGUACUCUCGCCUGGACAUGUAAACCAUAGUCUACCUGAAAAUGAUUAGUUAAUUACGACCCAUAUAUAUCUUUGCCAUAGUAUUUACGUGUAUCUCGAGCUAUUUUUUUGGCUCAUUCCUGUGCUUUAGUGGUUCUAUUAACUUUCGUAGAUUUAAACUCCACGUUACCAUCUAUGUUGAUUAUUUUUAUUUAUCCAGGUCUGGCCGUCGCUUCUGACCAGGAUUUUAAGUCCUUUCGGGCUGCAUAUCCUUACGUUGUUCAGAAACUACUUUACAAUAAUUCGGCUGCAACCAGGAGAAUAUUAUAUUCGGUAUUGAAAUCUUUCUCUGACCUGUUGAGUUUAACGUACACGUACAUAUUUGGGUCUUCCCAGUGAAUAAAUAUUUUUGCACGUCUUUAAAUUUCUCUGCCUACACAUAAUUCAAGUGUAACUUCUAUUUUUAGGUUAAUGCUAUUGUCAUCAUGGCUUUUUAGUUUUCUCAUGGUUUAAAAGAUACAUGCAUUUUUGUUUCGACAAAAAAUGUUUAUUUUUUUCAUAUAUGUUUGUUGAUGAGACCUUUAUUUCUUUUAGAUGCUCAAAGACUAAUACUUUUCCUUUCUUUAACCCAAUCAUUGCAUGACUGUUGGACGGCCAAAUAUGCUGCCUAGAAAAGAGGCAUUUCAGCCCACAUUAUGGUUAAUCAAAGAGGGAGAGGAAAAUUAAAAAACAUUGUUGAAAAUAGAGGCGAUGCAUACAAAAGAAAUUAACAUCCAAAAACAUGUUAACCAACUAAAGUAUGCAUAUAUAUCAGUUUUCCUUUUGGCACUCCCAGUUUUAUGACGUUUCUCAAUAACUGCAUUUUAGAUCGUCUGGAUAUAUAUACUACUAUUUCAUGUUCUACCAAAUUAGCCUUCUAUACAUUUUGUUAGCAUCAAAACGAUGUAGGUUCCAAAGCCAGAGGAACAUCCAAAAAGGGUGAGAACGAAAAAUGGGGAGAAAUAUCCAGAAGAACUAAAGAAAUGGGGAAGAAAUGUGAAACGGGGAGAAGUGCAAGAGGCAUAAAAUAAUUUUACCUUGUUUUUGAAUGAUGUCAUGUUUUCCCUUCCCUGUUGUGCAUCAUUCGUCUUCUUCCCUUUUUUGUAUCAACAUCCAUCAAAGCCAUAUCUGGAAAACAAACAAUGAUCCAAAACAUGCCUAUCGGCCAAAAGGUACCCUUUAUUUUUUCCCAUCCGCUCCAGGGAGUAAUGUUUAAAAAGUUCUGUCAAACCACGAAUCAUUCCAAGCUGAUGCCACAAAUUUUAGACGUGCAUUGUAAGACAUAAUGCCUCGUAUGAUACAUAUGGAUGAUUUACUGCUUAGUUUUAUUGGUUUUUUUCUUUUCACUCUGUCAGAUCUUGUCAGUGAAUGAUAUGGGUGACUAUUAUUAACUUUGAACACAUACAAAAAAUAUCCUAGUGGGUUACUAGUGCGGAAGAGGAUGAGGGAUACUCUUGAGUAGAAGCUUUUUUGGGCUUAGAAAUGUUCAAACCCAUUCCAGACUUGUGUAUAAAGCCAAAUUAAUUUAGAGGACGUCCAAGUGCAAAUCUAUAUUAACAUGUGCCAGGCUUGAGCAAGAUGAGUUUCUGGCCUAGUUGUCUACAUGACAUGCUGCAUUUCUGUUGCUGGUUUCACUGAACAUUGUGGAAUUUACUUUAUUACUCUAGUGAUUUUUUCCCCUUUGGUUUUAAUGUUGCAGGUAAUUUUCAAUAAGAGGCGGGAAUUUCAGUGGCAGAAGAUCUCGUUGUUCCUAAAAAUGGGUUCAUCAAGGUGAUGUUUUUGUAGCUACUAUUUUUUUGAGUAGGGUUCACUUUUGCAGAUUUUCUAAAUGUUCUGUGGCGUCCUAUUUAUCGAUCUAUACUUUUACCAAUCCCCUGUUAACCAAACUCCAGUGAGUUUCCUUUUUCUUCAGUGUGCCAGCCUAAUAAAAAAGUUUCUGGUUUAAAAUCUUUAAUUGUUUCCUGUUGGGAACCUUCAAGUUAUUUUGGUUAUUAUAGUCUUUAAGGUCUACCCACUGAUGUGGUUAUCCUGAAAUUUGGACAUGAACAUUAUAUUAGUCUGAACAGAAUUUUCUGAGGCUGUGAGCACGAUUUCUACCUUCCAAAAUGGAUUCCAGUUAGUAGAUGAAGAAUUAGAUUAUAUCGUGGGCUGAUAUGUUGCAUUCUUACAGAAACCGUUGUAUCCAUGGUUUGACAGGUCUUUGGGCAUUUUCCUAUGACGGCAUCUAUAAGUUGGCUCAAAGUGUAAAUUGUUUGGAUUGCUUAACAUUCUGCUGAGGGAUAUUGUCAUGAGGGUUCGUGGGUGUGUCUGGGCCCACGACGUGACAUGCCUGUGGUGACCCAUGAGUGCUCUUGUGUGUGCCUUCACAGCCUCGUGCUGCCUAAAACCUUGUUCCUCCAUUAUAGUGUUUAUAAUGUUGAUCUGUGAUAUCACUUGGUAUAAUGUUUAUAUAUGAUAUGUGGCUCCAGUGUCUUUUCUAUGCCGACUUUUCUAGAAAUUGUAUAAACUUAUUUAAACCUCUAAUCCUUGUCAAUCGGAUUGGAGGUAAAAUGUAGACAUGGAUGUGACUGAACCGUGUCCAUGGAAAUUAAUUGGCAUUGAAGAGGUUUGACUUUGACUUAUUUUAUUAUUUGAUUGGAUAGAAGCUCCAUUAUAAGCUUUACUUUAUAAUUUAUUCCUCUAUGCAGACAUUCUUCGCCAGUGACCUGUGGUCUGUCUUCUUGGAGAUUAGUUAUACUUUGUUAAACAUAUUAGUUCAGUUUCAUUGAAAGCUAACGUUUUAAAAUUUUUAUGUGGAUGUAGGAAAAUCAGAGGUGGGGGCAUCAAAAUUGGCACAGGGCCAAAUAGCAUUCAUCAUCGGGAUGCCAUAUUUGAUGUUGCGGAGUUAAUAUUGAAGCUUUUACCAUCUAAGGAUGGUGUCGUUCUUAGAAGGAUACUGAUGGAUGGGGUAUGUCCGGUAGACUUUGUGGCUUUUUCAUUGUCCGUCAUUUAAUCUGAUCAACUAUAUGCUGCAUCACAUAAGAGUAAACAUAUUGCAUUUCCACUGUCCAUCCCUCUUUACACUGUUUAGGAUACACCCUCAUUAGCUGUGAUGGAAUGAUGAACAGGAUGCAUCCUCAUUAGCAAGAGCGAUGGUUUCUGAUAAAGCCGCCUUUGUGAGACAGCAUGUGGGCAGGGCUUUGGCAGAUGUGAUCUACCUAUGGAUGACCGGUGUCAUGACAAGACGAGGGGUACUGACCGAGUACAAAGGCAACCUGCUGAUUGAAACACAUGAUACUUUCUCAGGGUCAUUUUCUCCUCUCCUCAUAGCUACAAUGAGAGACCGGCGUGUCAAAGUGAUAGUGUAUAGGGUGGUCAACAUCAUAAGGCACAAUCCGAUGUUGCUGCUCCGAGUUUGCUGGACUGCCAUUGUGGUUUGCUUGUCCUCAUCAGCUCUUGCCUUGCACCGGCUGCUUGUCAGGUUCUUAGAAAAGUAUGUGACAUCCUCUCUGCCAUUUCCCCACAGGUUGUUUGCUGCUGUCACUGUGUGA